AUGCCCCAUGAGCAAUUGGCACCCCAGGGUCUGACUGUUGGAUCUGGCCCAUUAGGCUUACGCUUGACAAAAAGCGAUUUGCUUGUGAACUCAAUCCAAAUGAAGCUUGCUCAAGCUGCCAAACCAAAAGGGAGACACACAACAUCUGAUGAUUAUCAUGGUGUUUUAGACACAAGAUCUAUUACAAAUCCAACAGUGAAGCCUUCUCAAUUCCAUGCUUUCAUUCUAAAAAUUGGGACUUGGGAGUGGAAAUCAAGGUAUGAUGGAGAUCUUAUAGCAAAAUUUUAUUAUACAAACAGCAAACUGGCUUGGGAGAUACUCAAUGAAGGUCUAAAGAGCAAGAUUGUGAUAUAUUGGCAAGAUAUAUCUGCAUUGAAGGUAACUUGUCCAGAGGGUGGAUCUGGGACCCUGGAGAUUAUGUUGUCUCGGAGGCCAAGCUUUUACAAAGAAACCAACCCACAGCCGUGGAGGAAUACUUCGUGGCUAACAACCAUAGAUUUUACUGAUGGGCAAGCAAGUACGCACAGAAGGCAUGUUCUGCAGUGUGCACCAGGAAUAUUGAACAAGCACAUUGUGAAACUCCUUUCGAGUAACCAUCGUCUAUAUUCAUUGAGUCAGGAAAACACUACUGAUCAGGAGAGUCCUUAUUUUGAACAAUGGCAGUCAGAGCCUGAAGUCUUGGAGAGUUCCAACGUCCAAAGUUUAUAUCGUCGUCAUGAUUAUCACCAGGUUGGGCGACAGCAAAUUGUGGAGCCGGUUCCCAUGUCAAUUGGAACAAACGCUGUAGGAAAAAAUCAUAAUGGAUCCCAGGAUGGCAUGCCUACACUCAUCCCAAGCUCAGUUCCUACACGUGCCUCUGUGAUCACAAGAACUCCUUCAGGUGGCCUUGAACUGCAGAGGGAUAUUUUCAACUCUAACAACUUAUCCAUGCAAACGUCUCGUCAGACACCACUCAACAUCUCCAGUGGUAGGAUCAUGAAUGACACAGCGAACUACAUGACCAAUCCAAGCAAGCGACAGAACCUUCUUACCAGCGUCGGCGCCUCUUCGAGCAGCCUGAUCCGGCCGGAGGACGUAAUGAAGUUCGUCAACGACUUUAGGACCACCCGUCAUGUCAAUACAAGGAUCCCGCCAAUGUACUCCCACGGCUCAUCCAAACAGAAGACGAGGGAGCUGGAUUUAUCUAACUAUGCCUUCACCAACUCUACUACUCAUACCUUCAACCAGAUCAAUUCAGCAAAUCCGUCGAGCAAUGAUAACUCCACAAUAAACGCAAUGGCACUUGAGAAGAUAACCCAUGAUCUCCUCAGCGAUACCUACACUGACACCGAGCCCUCAGGCACGGCUGAAGAAGCGAUGAUCAUUUCAAGGGUCAACUCCCUCUCCAACCUGCUCCAGCAAGACCUGGCACCAGCCACAGUCCAGAGCUCUCAGGCCAGCAAUGCCCAUAAUGCUGCUGCUGCUGCUGCUCCUCAUUUUGACGUUGAAGCAACUACCCAAGUGCUCGACGUGGCUCCUUCGGGAAGCAGUGGUGGCAGCUGCAGCGGCACCGGACGCAACAACGGCCUGCUGCCGUCGAUGGGGAUGGAGAGGAUGUCGUGGGAGCAAGAACCAGCGGCCGACAUCGAGAUGGACAUGGCAUACCUGUCCGAAUUGCUCCCUUUCUGCCCCUGA